AUGAGCUCCUUUUCGAAUUCCUUUUGGUCCUCGGACUAUGCGGGAGGUCUUGGAGUGCUCUUCCAGAAAUUACAGCAAGGCGUACAAGAGAAUGAGCAGAUACUCACAGUCGCGCGCAUGCGUGCCGAUGCCGAAGACAUGUACGGUCAAAAGCUUGGGGAUAUUGAGGCUGUCACGGACAGGAUAGAGGGCGGGUUUCAGCGCGAUGACGGCGCCAGCGUCAAGAAAGCUUACGAUGGAGUCAGGACUGAAAUGGGCGAGGCCGCACGCAACCACCGCAAGAUUGCUUCGAACAUUCGGGAACUUGUAGUGAACCCGUUCGCGCGAUGGUGUGAUCAGCACGCCGCGCGUGUACAGAACAGUCAGGACGAUCUCCAAGGCCGUAUCAAGGCACAUGAUAGACAGGCCGAAACUGUGCGCCAGUAUCGCAGCCAGUACUACAAUAAAUGCCGAAGAGUAGAGGAUCUGGACGAGGAAGAGAAGUUGGCUUUCCAGGAUCCCAUGUCAAACGCGACUGGAUCUCCCAAAGCUGGGCCCGUGACAGUGCCCAGUAUCAAAGUUGAGGAAGAGACUGAAGCUGAGCCGAUUGAGAUUGGCGAUGAGGUCUACCAGCCGGAGCAGGUGAAGAAGAUACUCACUCACGUACUGAACAACAUCCGUCUCGGUGAAACGAAGGUGCCCAUCUUGGGAACUUACCAGAACGUGAGCACCGGAGCAGACAUUACAGAGUAUAUUCAGAAGCAUCUGGGCGCGACGACUGUCACGUACGCGGAACGCAUCGGGCAGGACAUGAUCUCGAACGGCUUUCUCCGGCUCAUUGGGAACAUGGGGAACACGUUCGCCAACAGCAGUAAAAUGAACUAUCAAUGGCGACCGAAAGUGUUCCAGAUUACUGGAGUGCCCGAGAGGAAACCAGGUCUCAUGAAUCGCACCUCAACAAUGAUGUCCGGCCUUUCGGACUCGUCAGUGCCGGGAAGCCCUGCCAUUGGCGAUAAAGUUGGCGAGUACUUGGGGGGCUGGAACCCGCUCAAUAACGCGCAUCCAAACGAGACUCCCGCUGAGAGGUUACGGAGAGAAGCGCGAGAAGCCGACGAGCGUUACAAGGUAGCAGUCCGAAAGCUGGACGGACUCCGCUGCAGUUUGGAGGAGGCGAUGAUUGAGCACAUGAAGUUCAUGGAACGCUGCGAGCUGGAUCGCCUCWAAGCCAUCAAGAGCGUAAUCUUGGACUUCAGCGGCGCCAUCAGCAACGUYAUUCCGUCUUUGCAGUCUGGGGUGGACAAGAUGAUGCUUUUUCAGGAGACGGUGCAGCCGCUGUCGGAUCUGCGAUACUUGCUGGAGAACUACCGAACUGGCAAUUUCUUCCCAAAGGUCACGACUUAUGAGAACUAUUACAACAACGUCGAUGAGCAAGCAUUCGGUGUCGACAUCGAAGCCCGAGCAAGAAGCGAUCGAAAACGUGUUCCACUGAUCAUCACAACCAUUCUGACAUUCCUCGAUUCGCACUACCCUGACUUGGAAGGCGACGAAGCUCGCCGUACUAUUUGGACUGUCGAAGUACCACUGGCGGCUACGCAUCACCUACGGAAUCAGCUCAAUACUGGAAAGCCAAUGUCACUACAACUGCUUGAUCAAUACGAGGUUCCGAUUGUGGCUUCUGUGCUGAAGCUAUAUCUGCUUGAGCUACCUGACAGCCUGGUCAGCUCCCACGUUUACGAGAUCAUCAAGACGAUUUACACCACGACAUCUCAAACCUCUUCCGAAAGCGCUCGGAUCCAGGUCAUACAAUCAACUCUGGGACAAUUGCGACUGGCAAACAUUGCUACACUUGAUGCGCUGGUGACGCACUUUACUAGGCUUAUCGAGCUUACCAGUGCUGAUGAAGCAUAUGUCAACACGCUGGCAACGGUGUUGGCGCCGUGCAUUAUGCGACCCAAGCAGGAGACAGGUCUGAGCAUGACGGAAAAGUACAACGUUCGUUUGAUGAAAGAUCUGUUUGCACACAAGGACGCCAUCUUUGGAGAGCUAAAGCGUCAGUCCACGCUCACUCAUACCAACUCUGGGUCAACGCGGCAAGUCCGUGCGAUCAGCACAGACGAGUCCAAGCGUCGUGAGCACAUGGAAGAGCGACAGCGGGCCAUUGCAGCAGCACAGCAAGCCAACUCGAGCGGAACCUUCAAGAGCCGUCUGCCCAGCCCUGCUCCUGAUGGACGUACACCUCUCGCAAGCGGAACAGGCCAUCGAAGAGAUCGCAGUCGAGGUCCUGAAACAAGAUUCCCCGUCAGCGCAACCGCGGCGCAACAAAAUGCUAACGCGAGAGACACCAAGGUCAUGUCGCCAACCACAUCGGUCUCUUCUAGCCAUCGUGAUAGCCUGGGCGUGCCACAAAGUCCGUCAGCCAGCAGAACUCAGGGCCAUGGCUCCCCUCCCAGAGGCUUUGACACGCCAGACCGCACGAACGGUGCUGAUGCUGUUUAUCGUCAGCAACCUGUCGCCGAUGAUUUGCCUGCCAGGAUGCGAAGUGGGACGGAGAGCGAGAGGCGGGCACCCGCAACAUCGGCCUCGAUCUCUUCACCCUUGGAUCUUGCGGGGCCGGACGCUAGUCACCACCACACCAGCAGCGUUGAUUCCAGUUCCAGUCCAGCGGCGAACGCUCUCUCGUCGGGAGCCCCGAACUCGGAAGCAACCACACUGGCAAGCUCGACUGUCAAGGCUGCGAUAUCGAAGUACAAUAGAACCACCGACAAUGAAACUUCGUCACCGGUACCUGAAGAUGGCACACCCACGAAGACGGAUAGUCUCAGUCGAAGGGUUGCCGGCGGUAGGCGAGGCACUGGAGGAUUGGCGAGACACAGCUUGGUCGGCAGCAAGCAUGACAGUGUUGAGCCCGAAGUGGAGGCCAAAGGUGUUCAGCUAGAAGACAAGCCGAUGGACUUUGACUAG